UGGCAGGUCGCACUCGCAUUCUCAUUCGACCUCGUCCCUCGCCGGUGCAAUAUUGCCUGCUAUCGCCAUUGCGGGCGCACCCUCGAGUGGACCCCACAUGCCAUGGCACAUCGGUGCCCUUGCGGAAGAUGGGCAGUCUGGGAAGCCUGGCAGGAAGCGAGACAAGCUGAAAGCUACCGCAAGAUCGCUGAGUCCUUUCAGGCAUCAUUCGCACAAGCGCAGCAAUAGUGGUAGCGGCAUCGGAGCAUUGGCAUUGCCGGGAACAAGCAGGAGCAGAAGUAAAGGCAGUGGUCGGGACAAGAGUAAGACGCUCGGAGUGCCUGCUGGAGACGUAGAUCCUGAAAGCGGCGACGAGAGCAGAGGAGAGGAGACGGAUGCUGAGGGCGACAACGACAGCGUCACAUCUGGGUCAUCUCGCAAAGGGCGGGGCUUGACGCCUCGGAACAAUGCUUUCAGCGCUGACUCGGACGCCGAAGCGGAAGAUGACGAAUGGGAGAACGUUGCGAGGCCAGAAGGCGGCAGCCCUGAGUCAGCACUGGCACCUUCUGAGCCGCAUACAGACGGAACAGACGCAGAGCCAAAGAGUGAUACGGAGCAAAGCCGCGAUGAGACCACAGACGAUGAGGAGGACGAGGACGACUACAUCGACUUCGAUGACGAGACGAUCGACAAUACGCUACACAACGCUGGGUGCAUCGGACUACAUGACGCUUGGAAACAUGACGAAGAGCAUGAGCACCGCUCCGAUCUGAUUGGUGCUCGCGAAGUCGACAAUGCUGCUCACGAGGAUGACGAGCAUUUAGCGGCAGCUCCCAACGUCGUCCUAGGGGAGGCGCAAAGGCCACCCAAGCCUAAACGACAGGGCAGUAAAGUGCUUGAUGGCGAACACGCUCUGACCGCAAGUAGGCCAGUAUUUGAAAGGAAUCGCUGCACAAUCACGCUGGUUCACGGAGAGUACGAGGAGGCAGCUCGUCAGAACAAGAGGCCAAAGCGCUAUGUCGUGGCAAGUGACGGAUCGGAUGAAGCAUCUUAUGCCAUCGAGUGGUGCAUAGGCACUGUGCUGCGCGAUGGUGACGAGACUCUCGUGUGCUCGGUCAUGGAGACGGAUGCUAAAUUGGAUGCUUCAAAUCCUGCGCAUGAAGACAAGUCUGCCCGUCAGGAGAAUCAGAAGCUUCGCCAAUCAAUGGCAGUCAUUCUAGCUCGUCAGGCCACUGCUGUGCUUCAGCGCACGAGACUCGGGGUCAAAGUCAGCUGCCAAGCGAUACAUGCGCGCAACUCAAGGCACAUGAUCUGCGAUCUCUUGGAUUACUAUUCGCCUACGAUGUGCAUUGUCGGAUCCAGAGGCCUGGGCUCUCUCAAAGGCAUCCUGCUCGGGUCUACAUCGCAUUACUUGGUGCAAAAGAGUCCAGUCCCCGUCAUGGUUGCACGAAAGCGAUUGCGCUUACCUGCUCUGCCUCGGGUCAAGAAUGAUGUCGUCUUGUCGGUCCGAGAGCGGCAUAUGCGCCUGGAUCAGGCAGCCAUCGAGAAGGACUCGAAUGUAGCAGAAGAGAAUCCGGACCAUCCUUCGUCGACUGGACAAGAUCACACGAGCAAAGGAGACGACAUCCAGGAAUCGAAGAAGUCCGAUGGGUUAGACGAUGCAAACUCUGAGCACACCAAAAAGUCCGAUCUCAACGAGAGGGUUGUUCAGGAGGAUGAAGAUGCUACCUCUCUGGCUCACUUGGAAGGUCCCACGGCUGAUAAGGCAGGCAAAGCUCCUCAGAGCGGCACCGAGAGCGCGGUAGCUUUGGACCGAGCUGAGCGGAAGCACAACGAAGAUCAGCCAUUGAAGAGCUCGAAUACCAGCGAAGACACCUCUUCGUCCGUGGUGUCUGAAGAUCUAUCAAAACGUGAUCCAGCACUUCAGAAGGCGAAAUCUCCAGAAGAGCUCGCGCAGGCCGAAGUUGACCGUGCAAAUAGUCGCACCGCCGAGACCAUCGUGGAGGAGCCAGAAGUCAGUGACGCGUAAAGGACCAUACUUUGCCUUUUGGUCCCUUCCCUUUUGCCCACACUGUAGUAUGCGUCCUGUUCGUCAGCUCUGCGACAU